GAAGCUAUUCUUAUGAAGCUAACCGCCUCAUCUCGCGCUUUGGGAAGCUAGCUUUCCAGCUAGCAAGCUUAAUCGUUUUGCAGGUUUCAUGUCGACCUGAAAACGGUAAAGAAGCGACACAAAGACACCCAGAGUUCGCUAAAGAAGAAAGUAAAGGCUGCACAGAAGAGCAGGACAAUGCCGCACAAUUUCCAACCCGGAGACCUGGUCUUCGCUAAAAUGAAGGGGUACCCCCACUGGCCAGCCAGGAUUGAGGAUGUGGCAGAUGGAGCAGUAAAACCCCCUCCAAAUAAAGUCCCCAUCUUCUUCUUUGGGACCCAUGAAACAGCAUUCCUUGCACCAAAGGACCUUUUUGCAUAUGACAAGUACAGCGAGCGCUAUGGGAAACCUAAUAAAAGGAAGGGCUUCAAUGAGGGCUUGUGUGAAAUCCAGAACAACCCUCACGCCUCAUACAGUGCUCCUGCACCUGUCAGCUCGUCUGACAGUGAAGCCAAUGACGGUGCAGCAGGAAGUGAGGCAGAGGAUGACGAGGAAGCAGUGGUGCCCAGGAAAGCAUAUUCAGGAAGUGAAGUAAAUUCUGACUCAGGAAGUGAGGAUCGAGGAGGGGUGAAGAGGAAGGCCCCUGCUGCCAAGCGGCCCCCUGUGAAGAAGACCCGGGGUUCGUCCAGUGACCGGGAUGGAGAGGAGAGUGGCUCACCCUCGGAUCCAGACCCAUCCCCUUCUGACUCGGACUCUGGGAAGAACAGUGACCAGGUCAGUUGACACAUACAAAAUAGUAUGUUAUACACUAGCAUGAUAACUUGGUGUUAAUUUGAUGGUGUCUUGUUUGUUUUCCCCUGUAGGACUUCACCCCAGAGAAGAAGGCAGCAGCAGGCCGUGGCGGCGCCGGGAAGAAGGCUGGAGGUGGCAAAGGGAAGAAGGUGGUGUCGUCGGACUCCGACUCUGGGUCUCAGUCAGACAAGAAGAAAGGGGGCAGUGAUUCAGAGGAUCAGAAGCCACGGCCUGCUCUGUCUGGAUCAGAAUCCCAGUCUGGCUCCAAAUCCGACUCUGACUCAGAGCCACAGCCACCUCAACGGAAGGCUCCUCAAGCGCGCAAGAAAGAGAAGCCUCCGCCAAAGCCUCGGGGUGGACGGAAACCCAAAGCUGCCCCGGUCAGAGCACCGGCAUCUUCCUCUGACAGUGAUAGCGACAGUGAGCCGGACCGAGUCAGCGACUGGAAAAAGAGAGAUGAAGAGCGUCGGAAAGAGCUGGAGGAACGGCGGAAGAAGGAGCAGGCAGAGGAGAUCCUCAAGUAUCGGGAGAGGGAGAAGGAAGAAGAAGAGCAGAGAAAGAAGGACAAGGAGAAGGGAAAGAGCAGUGGUGAAAACAGUUCAGAUGAGGGUGUAGAUCACCCACUGAAGAAGUCCAAGAAACCCCCACCGCCCCCCAUCCCCGCCCCCUCCGACUCUGACUCUGGACCUGAGGUGAAAGCAUCUGCAAAGCGUUCAGACAACCAGAAGAAAGGGAGAACAAAGAAAGAGAGGGAUCAUGGUAAAGGCAAAAAGGAGAAAGAUGUGAAGGAAAAGCGAACCCAGCGGUCAGAGGAGAGUCCCCAAGUGAGGUCCAAGCCUGAGAAGCCCAAACGCAAACCAGAGAGACCUCCAGAGAGGAAAGCAGAGAAGAAAAAAGAGCCAACUCCAGAUGAAAAGUUGCAGAAGCUCCACGCUGACAUCAAGUUUGCACUGAAAGUGGACAACCCAGACAUAGAGCGCUGUCUACAGGCCCUGGCGGAGCUGGAAGCUGUGCCGGUCACCAGCCACAUCCUGCAGAAGAACUCAGAUGUUAUUGCCACGCUUAAAAAGAUCCGUCGAUACAAAGCAAGCAGUGACGUAAUGGAAAAGGCCAGCCAGGUCUACAACAAAUUAAAGGGGCAGUUUGUGGUCAAGUCUGAAAUGCCAAGUAAACACAAAGCUGAGGGAAAGGAGCAGGAAGAGAAUGGGAAGGAGACAUCAAACACAGAUGUAACACCUGUGAAUGGGGAAUCAGAAAUCCAGAAAAAGGAAUGCACUGAGCUGGAGGAUACCCCAAAGUCACCGGUCCAGGAAGUGAAUGAUGAGCAUGUAGCUUCAAGCCCCAACAGGCGAAGUCCUGAUAGUCCUGCUGAGCAGCAGACGAACACUGAUGAAACACACCACGCUCUCUCUACAGAAACAGAACCGACAGCGAUGGAGAGCUGAAGAAAAUGGAAUACAAUUGUUUACCACAGCUAAAAGGAAAGCUCACUAGUCUCGUGCCAGAUACAUGGCGCUCUGCAGACCACUGAUGUUCGCCAUUGUAUUUUUCAAUUUUUAUAGGACACCUUGGCCUGUCCCCAAUUCCUCCCCCUCAAGCUACCAUGCUUUUUUUUCUGCCACGUGAACUCUAACUUUGGUCUUUCAUACAGUAUUUAUAAUGAGCGAUUCAAUUUUUAGCACUUCUAACAGGAAAUCGAAGGGGGAGAGGAGUCUUGUUCUGCUUUGAAGUAACUGUACUGUCACGUUAGUCAAGGCAUCUGUUGGCUUUGCUUGAGAAUGAUAUUGAAGCCUACAGAACCUAGAAAAGGCUAAUGGUGGAUAAGUAUGAGUCUGGUACUUUUUGUGAGUUAUUAUUUUUAUCUGGUCUGUUCUUAUUAAUCCAGUCGCACCAUAUAAAUAUUAAGCCAGUGAAUGGAACCAUAUCACAUGUUUUCCAAUUAAAUUCCACCUGUUUUUUUUGUGUUUUUUUUACAAUUGUUUUCUGAUAUUGCAUCUGCUUUUGAUUUACUGAAUGCUGUGGAAUUAUCCACUGUCAUCUGUUUUUUCCCUCUACCAUCUGCUUUCAAGAAUUAGCCUAAUGAAUGGGAUAAUACACAUUGUGUACAGACUAAAUGAUAUUAUCUUGAUCCAAGUUGUCCAGAUCCCAUGUAGCUGGAGCCCAUUUGACAUUUGUCAUACAUACUAUGUAAGUGUUUUUAGUGCUAUGUAAAAUAUUUAGUUGCGUUAAAUCAAGAUCUCAGCGUUGUGGUCAUAAUCUGAACACUUCUGUCAUUGAAGGCUUCAAAGAAGUCCCAAAUUCUCAUAAAUGUAGUUGGAUUGGGGUGUAAUAAAUGUAUACAUACAAGUUGUAAUUUACAACCCAUGUAACCAAUCUAGCGAAGAGGAAUUGCAGUGAAUAAUGUGGACCUAUGCAUGCGGUCAACGGUGUAAAAUUGUUUACAAAUAACCGAUUAUACAUUUAUGCAAGUUAAAUAGCAGAGUAAUUGCCAUCCUUUUACAUGAAAAUGUUCAUGCAGUUAAUGCUCAUUGGUUUGGCUGUGGCAAAAAAAGAGCUACUGUGGACAUGGUGAUGAAUUGCAUUCUGUAUAGAGAAUACAACUGGAAAAUGAUCAUGCAUUAACAUUGCAAGCCCAGUACUAAGCAUAUCUUUAAUUGCUUUUGAUUAUCAUAAUGAGAAUCCCACAUUAUUACACAGUCAGCUGACGUAAGACGCCAUUUUGUCAGCCAUUUCCUAUACGGAUCCGCUGCCAGUGUGUCUGCACAGUUAUAGUACGCCCCAUCUGGCUUUUCCUUCUCUGCCCGGGAUUAGUAAACAAUUACGAAUCCCGAAAAAAACGGUAUCCGGGUGGAUGAGAGACUGUCUAGCGGGCCGGCUAGCAUCCAAAAGACCUCUACCAAGCGCUUUGUCCCCGAGGACAGAAGCGAAAAAAGUCAGCCAUGGCUUUGAAGAUUGUUAAAGGGAGCAUCGAUCGGAUGUUCGAUAAAAACCUUCAAGAUUUAGUACGUGGAAUUAGGAAUCACAAGGAAGAUGAGGCUAAGUACAUCUCCACCUGCAUUGAUGAGAUCAAGCAGGAGCUCAAGCAGGACAACAUUGCUGUCAAGGCCAAUGCUGUGUGCAAACUCACCUACUUACAGAUGCUGGGCUAUGAUGUCAGCUGGGCUGCAUUCAACAUCGUGGAAGUCAUGAGUUCCUCAAAAUUCACAUACAAGAGAAUUGGUUACCUGGCUGCCUCCCAGUGCUUUCAUGAGAGCACUGAUGUCAUCAUGCUGACAACCAAUCAGAUCCGAAAGGAUCUGAGCAGUCCUAACCAGUACGACACUGGCGUGGCUCUCACUGGCCUCUCCUGCUUCGUGACCCCUGACCUGGCUCGGGACCUGGCCAAUGACAUCAUGACUCUUAUGUCCCACACAAAGCCGUACAUCAGGAAGAAGGCCGUACUUAUCAUGUACAAGGUGUUCCUGAAAUACCCAGAGUCUCUGCGCCCUGCUUUCCCCAGGCUGAAGGAGAAACUGGAAGACCCUGACCCUGGGGUCCAGUCAGCGGCUGUUAAUGUCAUCUGUGAGCUGGCCAGGAGAAACCCCAAGAACUACCUGUCUCUUGCCCCGCUCUUCUUCAAGCUCAUGACCUCCUCCACCAACAAUUGGGUCCUCAUCAAGAUCAUCAAGCUGUUUGGUGCCCUCACACCCCUGGAGCCUCGCUUGGGAAAGAAGCUGAUUGAGCCCCUAACAAACCUCAUCCACAGUACCUCGGCUAUGUCACUUCUAUAUGAAUGUGUCAACACUGUAAUAGCAGUGUUGAUUUCCCUGUCCUCCGGGAUGCCAAAUCACAGUGCUAGUAUUCAGCUCUGUGUCCAGAAACUGCGAAUCCUGAUUGAAGACUCGGACCAGAACUUGAAGUACCUGGGCCUGCUGGCCAUGUCCAAGAUACUGAAGACUCAUCCCAAGUCUGUCCAGUCCCACAAGGACCUCAUCUUGCAGUGUCUGGAUGACAAGGACGAGUCCAUCCGCCUGAGGGCUCUAGACCUGCUCUACGGCAUGGUGUCCAAGAAGAACCUGAUGGAGAUAGUGAAGAAGCUGAUGUUGCACGUCGACAAGGCUGAGGGAACCACUUACCGAGAUGAGCUGCUCACCAAGAUCAUCGACAUCUGCAGCCAGAGCAAUUACCAGUACAUCACCAACUUUGAAUGGUACAUCAGUAUCCUGGUGGAGCUGACCCGUCUGGAGGGCACGCGGCAUGGCCACCUCAUUGCCUCCCAGAUGCUGGACGUGGCCAUUCGGGUCAAGGCCAUCCGAGCCUUUGCUGUGGCCCAGAUGGCUACUCUACUGGACAACGCCCACCUGCUUACCGGCAACACACAGCGCAACGGCAUCUGUGAGGUUCUCUAUGCCGCCGCCUGGAUCUGUGGAGAGUUCUCAGAACACCUGGAGGAACCCAUGGUAACACUGGAGGCCAUGCUGCGGCCCAAGGUGGCCACCCUGCCGGGCCACAUCCAGGCCGUGUACGUGCAGAACGCUGCCAAGCUGUUUGCCACGGUGUUGCGUGGACACGAGGGGGUGCCAGCAGACAGCAUGGUAGCCCAGGAGACCAGCCAGCUGCUCAUUGACAGGCUGCCUCUUUUUGUCCAGAGUUCCAACCUGGAGGUGCAGGAGAGGGCCUCCUGCAUCCUGCAGCUGGUGAAGUACAUCCAGAAGCUGCAGCAGAAGGACGUAGAGGUGGCUGAGGAGGUGACUGCUCUGUUUGCUGGGGAGCUCAACCCUGUGGCCCCCAAGGCACAGAAGAAAGUACCUGUUCCUGAAGGUCUGGACCUGGAUGUGUGGAUCAACGAGCCUCCGUCUGGGAGUGAGUCUGAAGACGAGGGCAGGAAGUCCAAGGGCAAGGCUGUGUUUGCCAAGGAGGAGUCCAGACACACCAAGCCACGCUACACUGAGGUGGACGAAAAGGAACUGGCCAAGAGGAGAGAAGUAAGGAAGGCAGAGCAGGCCAACAACCCAUUCUACAUCAAGGCCUCCCCCUCCUCUCAGAAGGUGUACCAGGAUGGUGUUGGUGUGGAGCACAUUCCAGUGGUGCAGAUUGACCUCAGUGUGCCUCUUAAGGUCCCAGGGAUGCCAAUGUCAGAUCAGUAUGUGAAGCUGGAAGAGGAGCGUCGGGAGAGAAACAAGGCAGACAAGAAGAAGAAGAAGGACAAGAAGAAGAGGGAGAAGGGCGAGAAGGGCCGCCGGAGAAGGGGGGACUCUGGCCCAGAGAGCGAGGAGGACAUCACCCCCGCACACAUGGUGGAUAUCGUCACUGAGGAGAUGCCAGAGAAUGCCUUACCCAGUGAUGACGACGACAAAGAUCCCAACGACCCCCACAAAGCUCUGAACAUCGACCUGGACAAUUUGCUGGCAGCAUCUCGCAGGCCCCUGGCAGACAGCGAGAAGAAACUGCCAGUCAGGUCACACCGUCCCGACGAGGUCCUCAAGAGCCCCAUGGAAGACAGGCAGGUGGUGGAGGUUGUACCAGAGCCCAAGAAAAAGACAGGAAAGGAGAAGAAGGAGAAGAAGGACAGGAAGAAGAGUAAAGAGAAGAAGAAAAAGCACAAACAAGAGGAAGAGGAGGAUCUUAUGGGCGCUGGGUCAGAGGAGCCUGUCCAACCAGAAGAGACCAAGGAGGUGGCAGCCCCACCUCCUGCCUCUACACCAGAGGCUUCGGAUCUGGAUUUCUGGCUCUCAAAUGCUCCAGUGCCCUCUAACCCUCAGGCAGCAGCUGCCCCUGCCUCCACCCCUAGGACGGCAUCUGGUAUGGCUGCCGUGGCACCAGACUCUGAGCCUGAAGAGGCCAAAGACACUGAGCCGGAGGAGACUAAAUCCUCUACGCACAAGAAGAAGAAGCAGAAAAAGGAGAAGAAGAAAAAGAAGCACCACCAUAAUCAUAGCGAUGGGGCCGGAGACGAGUCUGUGCAGAACGGCACUGUGGAGGAGGAGGAGCCUCUGCCGCCCAUGUCCAAUUACGCCCUGCUGGCUGAGAACUCCUACAUCAAGAUGAUGAAGCAGGAUGCUGAUAAGGUGUGUGACAUCCAGGGGAAUCUGCAGGACGGUAGCCAGGUAGUGGUCUCUGUCAUCUUUGAGAAUAAGUGUGACAGCUUUAUCAAGUCCAUGGAGUUCAACGUGCUGGACUCUCUCAACUCCAAGCUGCAGCGGCCUGAUGGAGCUGGCCCACACGACGGCCUCAUCGUGCCCUUCCAACUGCCCCCCGGAAUAUCAAACGAGGCACGCUUCAUCUUCUCAGUGCAGAACAUCGUGAUGCCCCAGAAACUGAAGGGAACCCUCACCUUCAUAGUCAAGACUGAUGAUUCCUCCACUCACGAGAAACUGGACUUUAAACUGCACUUUACCUGCACCUCCUACCUGAUCACUACUCCCUGCUACAGUGAUGCGUAUUCUAAGCUGUUGGAAUCAGGGGACCUGAAGGGGUGCUCUCUGAAGCUGGAGGGAGUUAAUCAGCCCUUCCACCAUCUACUGGCCAGAAUCUGCUUCCACCACCACUUCUCUGUUGUGGAGAGGAUCGAUUCCUGUGCCUCCAUGUACAGCAGGUCAAUCCAGGGUCACCAUAUGUGUCUGCUGGUCAAAACUGCUGAUCAGACCGUGUCCAUCGAUGCUAAAUGUGACGAGCCGGGGCUGCUUGGGAAUGUGCUGGAUGAGAUCAAACUCACCUUUUCUCAGUGCUGAUUGUGUCUGACAGCCACUUGGUGCCCUCCUACCCCCUGUUAAACCCCCUCGCUCGCUAAAACACUCCGUUUCACCCUAUUUAUUCAUCUUCAGAUUCACAACUCUCCUUUCUUCUCUCACUUCCACACUCCCCCCUGCACUCAAUUGUUCUUUCCCCAUCAGUAACUUGCUCUAUGCUCACUCCCUCUGUGCACUUUUAGUUCCUCUUCCUUGUUUCAAAUCUCUUUUCCACUGUCAAAAAACUUGUUUCACCUGCUCCCCACUUCCACACCUCUGACUGAACUCGUGCCCAUUCUCUCUCGCUCAUCGGCAUUAGUCUGUGACGGUCAUGUAAUGUAAUCUGACAACUGGACUUUUUUUGUUGGUUGAAUUGUGUUUUUACUGUUUCUGUUUGUUGCUGUUUUUGUUGAUUUCUGCCGUCUGUCUGCGCCCCCCUUGCAUUAAGCAUCAACAUGUUACCACUACUCUAUAGUCCUGGUAGCAUGCGUGACCCACUCUGACUGGCCCUAGAUGGAAACAUCAUGUAAACUCCUCCCUUCAUCCUGAUCUGACAUCCUGCCUGAAGGAGACUGAACUCCUGAGACCCCCACCCCCGUGUCCCUGCUCCAACUGUGCUAAGCUUCAGUUUGACCCGUGUCGCUGUAACAUAUCAAUCCCUGUAAGAAUUGAAAAUGCCUGAGCUGGAAAGUUAUACUAAGAGUGUGUUGGAAUCAUCUCAAAGCGUAGCCAUACUCGAAAAUAAUGUUUCUGCAUCUGUCUUGCUCUGUCUCCUAUUCUAGACAUGGGUAGAAUGGUAUCUUUUUACAAUUGUCUGAUUUAUUGCUUUGAUUAUGCUGUAAUGGUUGACAGAUAUUUAACUGCUCAUCUGCUGUGCUGUUCUAGACCUCUUAUCUCUCUUGCCUCAGGCAUGUCUACCACAGUAUCUGUAAUGAGUGACCGAAUAAUAUAGAACUUCUCAUUGCUCUGCCUCUGUUUCUCUUUAUUCACUUGUGACACAUUUAAGUGAAGGCUAGCUAUCACAUAUUGCAGCUAGAGCCUCUCACAUAGCUUUGCUAUAAUAGCAGGCUUCAAAUAUCAAUUUGAAGCCUGCAAUAUUUGUUGUAGGUCUCAUGUGUUGAUCUACUUAGUUUGGGAUCACCUAUGGGAAUGGAAGGCUAUUGUAGUUGUCAUACAGGCAUAUUUUAUUCUGAGAGAUCAAUGGCACUUGGUUUCGUAUUUUAUUUUCAAUCGGUAUUAGUCAAGGUGGCUUCUUGUUUGCUACUCCCUCCUGUCUUGAGAGAGCAAAACAUUCAGUCCGUCAAUAAGACGUGUCUGUCAAAUCAUCUAAACCUCUUGCCACUUUUACACUACAAUAUAUCAUACGCGUCACUGAUAUACAGUCAUAAACUGAUCUUACUCCAGUGUUAUUCUCUCAGAACUGCCUUGCCACAUCCUGUGCAUUGACAAUAUGAUGAACAUUAAUGUUUAUCAUUUUAAAUGGCUUCUUCCUUUUCAUGACUUGCUCAGAGGUUACAAGUUUGCUCUGUAGUUACUCUCAACAUGUCUCACUGCCUGGUCCAGCACGACGUAGUAGCAACUUUAAACUGAUCCCAUAGUUUGUAUCCCGACUAACCCUCAUUCCUGUCUUGCAAGCGUGGAUGAUGUUGGUCUCCUGUUGGACUAUGGGUCAGCCAUUCCACGAGUGUCUUCUGUCCCAUGUUGGUGUGAAGAACUGUUUUUCAGCGACGUGACCUACAGAAUGUCCUUCCUAAAAACAUGAUUUGAUUGGCAUUACCGAAUGAAACAGUUACUUUUAAAUAAUACAUUGUACUAAUUAUGAACAUUUCUUGUGCGGAGUAUUUAAUCAAUGUGUAUCUUGCAUGAGUAGGAAUGUAUACUUUUUAUUAUUUUCCCUAUCCAAGGAUAAACUUGCACACAAACUCCCUCGUCAUUACUUGAUUGUCUUUAUUUCUAUUAGUUUUUUUUUUUUUAAGUGAAAGCUGACUUCAUCAUUCUACAGUUUGAUGGUAUUGUAGUUUUAUCUGUUUAAAUCCAUACAAUUAAAAAUAUGUUUUUAAUGUUUUAAAUGAUUUAACAUUGGGGAAGGGGGUUCUAUUUGGUAGCAUGGCGCUGAGAGGAAGAGGCUCCAAUUCAGUAGAGAAGAAAGGUAUUGUGACGCUAUUCUGAGAAGAUACCCACUUUGUCUUAAUUAUUUCUCUGGUAAAUUGUGAUUGUCAUGCUGAGGUUGGCUUGUGACAUUAAAAUAUACUCUCAUUGCUCUUUG